AUGGAUAUGACUGUCAUAGCCUGGGAGACCAAUCUCACACCAACCAAUGGAAGUGAUCAUCAGGUUUCAGAGAACAUAAUCCUGGAUGUACUGACAGUCAUCGUGGCCCUGGUGGGAUUGGCAGGGAACGCGGUGGUGAUCUGGCUCCUGGGCUUCCGCAUGCGCAGGAAUGCCAUCUCAGUCUACAUCCUCAACCUGGCAGGGGCCGACUUCCUCUUCCUCUGCUGUGAAUUUGGAACUACCCUAGUUUUACUUUUCGACGUCGAUUUUUUUCAUAGAGUAAUGGAAAAGUUUCUCUUGCCUGUGGCACUCUUUGCCUACAUCUCUGGCCUGAGCUUUCUCAGCGCCAUCAGCAUGGAGCGCUGCAUGUCUGUCCUGUGGCCCAUCUGGUACCGCUGCCACCGCCCCAGAAAACUAUCUACCAUCAUGUGUGCUCUGUUCUGGGCUCUGUCCCUGCUGCUGAGCAUGCUGGAAGGGUACUACUGUGGCUUCCUGGUUGAGAAUGAGCAUGCAGUUUUGUGUCCAGUGUUAGAUUUUAUCACUAUGGCGUGGCUGAUUUUGUUGUUUGUGCUGCUCUGUGGGUCCAGCCUUGCCCUGAUGACCAGAUUGCUGUGCUCCCACCGAGUGCUGCCCACCAGGCUCUAUGUGACCAUCUUGCUCACAGUGCUGAUCUUCCUCCUCUGUGGCCUGCCCUUUGGCAUCGAUUGGUUCCUCUUUUACUGGCUUAAAAAAUAUUUUCCUGCCUUCGCUUAUCCUGAGGAGUUUGUAUUACCCCUGUCCUGUAUCAACAGCUGUGCUAACCCCAUCAUUUACUUCUUCGUUGGCUCCUUCAGGCAGCAAUGGUGGAAGCAGAGACACACCCUGAGGCUGGUUCUCCAGAGGGCUUUGCAGGACACUCCUGAGGUGGAUGAACAAGUAGAAAGCCUUCCUGAGGAAACCCUAUAA